UUAGUCCAGAUAGAAGAUCAACUGGAAUAUCGAUAUGAUUUAAACAACUGUGUAUCUCCUAUAAACCAGUUGCUUGUUACUCUAAGGUUGUACUCCACAGGUGGACAUUUAGAUUUGGUGGCAGAUUUUGCUGGAAUGCAUUUAUCUACAGUAUCUAGAAUUAUUGUUAGAGUGUCUGAGGCGAUAGCUAAUUUAUCACAGAAUUAUGUAUCAAUGCCGACUAAUAUUAACAGCAUAAGGGCCACACAACAAAAUUUCUAUGAUGUUGCAAAUUUUCCAAGAGUGAUUGGUGCAGUUGAUGGCACUCACUGCAGAAUAAUUUCUCCAGGAGGUGAUGAUCCAGAAGUGUUUAGAAAUAGAAAGGGCUACUUUUCGAUUAAUGCUCAAUUUGUCUGUGAUUCAAGAUUGAAAAUAUUAAAUGUCGUAGCUAGAUGGCCAGGAAGUACUCAUGAUUCUACAAUUUUUAAUAAUAGUCGUCCGAAGAUGGAUUUUGAAAAUAACCAAUAUCAAAAUUGUUUACUCUUAGGGGACAACGGAUGUGCCAAUAAAACAUACUUAUUGACACCUUUGUUGCUUCCUGCCACAUAGGCCGAGAGAAGAUAUAAUCAAAGCCAUAUUCGUACAAGAAACGUAAUUGAAAGAUUGUUUGGUGUUUUGAAGAGGCGUUUUCCUAUACUCUCUUAUGGCUGCAGAUUAAAAUUAGAAACAUUUUUAACAAUCAUCAUUUCCACGUCAGUACUUCAUAAUAUUGCAUUAAAUAUGGGAGACGAAGAAGCACCACCUUUACCACAUGAAUUGGACGAUCAUAUACUUAACCUUCUAAUUCAAAAUGGGCAAAUUCCUGAUGUUAAUGAAGAAGUUGGUGAAGAUGUAGCCGGUACUACAAGAAUGGCUUUAAUAACUGAUUAUUUUCAUAAUCUUCAUGUAAAUCAAA